AUGGCACCUUUUCGUCAACAGGACCGUUGUAAGCAGCAACGUCGCCACGACCAUAGUGUCUACGUACAGCAGUUGUUUAAAGAUUUUCUCACUCGAAACAAUGGACCUCGUCCCGCAACGGUUGCUGCGAGUAAUAUGCAGAGCGGACUCUUUAAUCCGGAAACACGGCAGCGUAAGCAACCUGGAAUUUUCGGUCGUGCCGUUUAUGCACGUUUUGAGCGAGACGGAAACGGCGGGGACACCUAUCUACGCCGCGAAGCAAAUGUUACCAUAAAAACGGGUCUAAUGAAAUGGAUCGAUCAACAGCGGAACCACCAUCAGGAGCAACAACAUCCGAAAAAAAAUUUACGAAAAACAGUGCGCUUCGAUGAUUAUCUCAAUUUGCCUGGUAAUUUUUUCUCCGGAGCUGACCAGAUAACGCUCCCCUCGGAAGUGUGCGAUAAGACGGUGGGAAAUGUAUCAACCAACUUUAUGCCACGUUCUACUUCCACACCGUUCGAUCGGAUGAAUUCGUUCGGUGUCUCCGGCAUGCUGUCUGAUCCAGACGAAUUUCAAUCGACACAAGCACAAGCGCACUCUAAACUGCCGCAAGUGUCUGACGAGUGGGAAAAAUUUCUGAGCGGCGUCAAAAUAGUCCUGACCACAAUACGCAAGGAUCAGAAUUUUCUACAACAUUGCGCUCAAGAAUUGAAAGCUGUCCCAAUCGAUCGAUACAGUAUGGACAGUUCCAAUGAAACCGAAAAAAUCUGUCGUCCUACAGAAGUAGUUAGUCGUUCGACUAGCCCAAAAACUAAAAUCAGUGAUUUCAUUCCGCCAAAGGCAAAGAGUCAAUCACAAGCAAGCAACCGAAAUUUCGACUCGCAACAUAAGCAGGCAUCUUCCCAAAAAUCAGAUCAUGGAAAACCUUAUGCAACACCCGAGCAGGAUAUGUUGCUGACUGCAUCUCCGCCUUCCCCGUCGGCGUCUGCUGAUCACCAGAGAAGUUUGUUAAUAGAACGGUCAUUUGUCUUCGAUGAAACUCGAGCGGAUGAUACACUGAUGGAGAAGCUGGAUGCAUUGCUUGAAGAUGGAGAAAAUCCAACGAAGGAUAUCUGUUUACUAAAUUUCGAUUACGAUCUAGUUUCGCAGCAAGACGAAAAAGCAGUUGAAACCUCUUUUUCAAAUCACGUGCCAGCAUCGCAACGCAACGUAUUGGAUCAAUCACUGAAUUUGCCGGAAACUUCGUUACGCUUAACACCAGAUCUAACGAUUGAGACAUUUUCUGAAUUCAAUGAGAUACUGUUUUGA